GCUCCUCUCACCGAUCGAGUCAGCCCCCAGGCUGAGGUUAAAGAGCGUCCUCGUUCUCGAUUGGUCAGUAUUGGGGAUUGAUCCAAGAGCGACCCCAAACAAAUCGAAUUUCCUUUCAAAGAACCAACUCUGUAAGAUCGUUCGGGGUACAGUGUCAACAUAAACGGGUAGACCUACAAAAUAAUGAGAGGCAUAACUGCCAACCAUAUGAAAGGUUUUACUGUAUUUUGAACUGGGGUUGGCAGAUGAAUCGCAACAGUCGCUGCUGGAAUAUACAUUUUCUUGCUUGGCUUGGUGACAUCGAGGAACCGGAGUAGCGUCAUCUGGGGAGCAAAGUUUAAUAAGUUGCUCAUUUUCCCAAAGUGGCACUUCGCCUAUGCUUUUAUCGAAUAUAAACUGAGAGAGGCUACUGUGGUGUGUUGUGAAGUGACAGGACCUGUUGUGUUGACCAUCACAGCUGUUUUGAACUGUUUAUCUAAUGCCCUGGAGGUGGACGCAAUUGAAUUGAGUUCGUUAUUAUUUGGGUUGGUCGUGGUCCGUCGUGGUCGUGAUAGUUAUACAUAUCAUCACCUUGUUCGGCGCUCCUAUAUGAACCUUUUAGGUCUGUGAACCAAGUAAGGUAAUCUAUAGUAUAGUGUCGUUGCUCGCUGACGUUUGAAUAAUCAUUGACGUUGAAUCGAUUAUUUUUCGAAUUGAUUAAAUGGUUAUUGAUUGAACAUUCCACCAUUUUCUUAGAACUUUUAGUGGAUUACUGCGCACUGAUUACGAUCGUUUUAGUCGCUCGUCAUCAUCAAAUCUACUUUCGACAUAUAAGCUCAUUUCCCAUAACACCGUAGUCAUCGACCACCGGAACGAUGUCGUCGGUAAGCACUGUCAAGACCUUCUCCGCGGCCGAUUAUGUCAUCUUCUCCGGCAUGCUCGUCAUCUCCGCCGGCAUCGGCGUCUACCAUGCCUUGACCGGUGGGCGACAGCGGACGACCAGGGAAUUCCUGAUGGCCGAUCGGUCGAUGAAUCCCAUCCCCGUCGCCUUCUCACUCGUCGCCAGCUUCAUCUCGGCAAUCACCUUCCUCGGGACUCCUGCCGAGAACUAUGUUUAUGGAUGCAUGUAUUGGAUGUUUGCCUUUGCCUAUAUCGGGGUGGGGCUUGCCACCGCUUUCCUUUUCCUGCCCAUGUUCUAUAGACUCAACCUGACCAGUACCAAUGAGUACUUGGAAAGGCGGUUCAACAGGGUGGUGAGAGUGUGUGGCAUGCUAACAUUUGUUCUUCAGACGGUUAUUUAUAUGGGUAUCGUGAUCUAUGCACCAGCACUCGCUUUGAGUGCGGUUACUGGGCUCAAUCUAUGGGGUUCUGUACUCGCUAUCGGAAUAGUGUGCACCUUCUACACGACCAUUGGAGGAAUGAAAGCAGUGCUGUGGACCGAUGUAUUCCAGGUGAUCGUAAUGAUGAUCGGAUUCUUAGCUAUCGUAAUUGAGACAUGCAGACGACUCGGUGGACUGGGUGAGGCGUGGCGGAUUGCUGACGAAGGAGGGCGGAUUGAUUUCAUUGACUUCAACCCCGAUCCCAAGAUCCGUCACACAUUCUGGUCUGUGGUGGUAGGAGGUACCUUCACAUGGACAGCUGUUUACGGGGUUAAUCAGAGUCAGGUUCAGAGAUACCUCACCUGUGGGGAUGUGCGUGUUGCUCAGAGGGCUGUUCUCUACGCCAUCAUCGGUAUGCUCUUCGUCGUCUGCUUCGCCUGUCUCUCCGGCAUCGUCAUGUAUGCUUACUAUGCUGACUGUGACCCCUUCACGUCAGGCAAAGUUAGUCAGACUGACCAGCUUGUCCCGUACCUAGUCAUGGAUAUCUUUGGGAACCGCCCAGGGCUACCCGGUCUCUUGGUGUCCGCUGCUUUCAGUGCCGCCCUCAGUACUGUAUCGUCUGGUCUGAACUCGCUCGCUGCUGUGACCGGGGAAGACAUUGUCAAGAGGACAUGGCCAGAUAUGUCAGAAGAAAUAUACACCAAGAUCACUAAAAUGCUUGCUGCAUUUUAUGGAAUUCUGUGCAUAGCUAUGGCAUUUCUGGCAUCAGUUAUGGGCAGCAUUUUGCAGACCGCUCUUAGUAUAUUUGGUAUGAUUGGAGGACCUCUGAUGGGUUUAUUCAGCGCUGGAAUGUUCUUCCCUUGGACCAACUCUAUCGGUGCUCUGGCCGGACUCUUCAGCGGACUCUUCCUCUCAUUCUGGAUCAAGAUCGGUUCCCAGAUCUACCCACCGCCCGUGUACAAGCCACCACUAUCGACCGCUGGCUGCCCCGUAGAUAACUUUACCAUGUACAACACCACAGACAUGAUGGGGACCAGCGAAAUGGUGACGUACACGAUGCUCAAUGCGACCACGCCCAUGAUGGAGGAUACGUACAGACCUCCCAUUGCAGACCUCUACGCCCUCUCAUACUCUUGGUACAGUGCUGUAGCUUGGCUGGUGACAAUCACUGUCGCCCUCAUCGUCAGUUUCAUUACAGGUCGAACCAAACCAGAGGAUUUGGAUCCUAUAUUGUACUGUAGCGUGGUAGACACCAUGUACUGCUGCCUUCCAGAGAAGAUCAAGCGAGUCUUCAGAUGCGGAAUGGAAAAUUAUCAGCCACCAGAGGACAUUGAAGGAGAGGCGAGCGAUGAGCACAAGUACACCGCAGUCAAAGGGGGACCUGAUAACGGCGUUCAACUCGAGAACGAAGAGCCCGCCGCCAACGGUAAAGGCCCUAUCGAUGACGACACCAAACUUUAACCUUUGACAUGUCGUCUCAUUAGUAAAGUAUGAUGUUAUUGUAAUAGACAUGGUAGAUGAAAAUAUCUGUGUAUGUGGUUGCUCGUACAAACUGAUUAUCGGAACAGAGAAUGCCAACGUGCAUUAAACAAUAUCAGGGUCGCUAUAUAAAAUAUAGUUUUAGAAAGAUGUGAACAACAUAUAGCAUUUUAUUUUAUUUCCAGGGUUGCAGAAAGAAAGGGAAAUAUUCGAUUAGUGACAGGUACCCUUCUAUAUAAAAACGUUUUAAUAUUCUUACGUUUUAAAUACCAGAAUAAAAGGGGCCAUAGUUUCGUUUCAAAUGUCCGCAGUGUCAUUUUUUAUCAAACUGUCUGUUAAAGUGAUGGACAAUUUUAGAUCAUAAUAGACUGUAAUUUUUUUUAUAAAUGAUACGACUUGUAAAUAUUCGCGAUUGUGUGAAAAGGGAAAAGUGCAGCGCCAGCUCUGCAACGAUUCUUUGAUAAUUUGCACAUUGUCUUUGUUCUGUCCGUUUAGAAAGUUAAAAUAUAUUUCGUUGUGAAAGAUUUUGUUUGAAUGCUUAACCAAUGAAUUUGUACAUAAUAACUCCGAUCCAUCAUUGUUUCGUUUUGUUCUUUAUACCGACAGUAAUGAUAUUGUUUAAUUAUUGUACGCCUACAGAUACUGCAAAAUAUUCUUGAAGAUAAAAUUACAUCUCUUAAAUAGACGUGUUAUAUCUGUAGAGUUGUAGUGGGACUUUAUACGAUUUUAUUUUGCAGUCAUACAAUGGCAGUUUCUUAAUUGCGGAGUGUGCGAUUGCGAUAAUUGAGGUCAGACGCUUGCUUUCCAACUGCCAAAGUAUCAUGUCAAUUUCCAAGUCUGUGGGUAAAUCCACAUUAAGAAAAACACCCGAAGUAGUUCCUCUAUAUGUUUUUACCGUUUGUGUUUUUACCAUUAUUAAUGAAUAGCUAUCAGAUCGCAUUGGCGGGAUAAGGUUAUUAGACUGGGAGGUUCUACUCCGCCUCCUCCUCACCCCCCCCCCCCCCCCGACUGAUUCGUUUACAUGUAGAUAAUUAUGAUAAAAUCGAUCAUGAUAGUGAUGGCGCUGGGGAAGCGGUGGUGGUGGUGGUGAUGAUGAUAAUGAUCUGAUGAUGAUGAUGAUGAUGAUAACGACGACGAUGUUGAUGGCGAUGACCAUAAUUAGUGAUAUGUGUGCGUAGGUGUAGAAGGCUCAAGCCACAAUCGCUCCGAAGCAGACUACCUCACCAAGACAUAUUUCAUAAAGAUUUGAGAAGUAUGUUUAUUAAUUUGUAUCAGGAUGUCUAGAGAUAUAUUAUGAAGUAUAUUUUUACUGAUAUUGGCUUCGCACGACUGAUAGAAAAUACUGUAUCUUUUCUGCCUAUCAACGGAUAAUAUAUCAAAUUAUGAGAAUCGUGAGAAUAUUGCAAGAAAUUCAUGAAAUUGCAAUGUUAACACACCAUACUUCGUGUGCUACCACCGUAUGGCCAUGAGCAGGAUGGUACUGAAAAUUGCACAAACCAGUUAAAGAUAAAUUCCAGUUGUGGGGACGAUCUCAAAAUGACUUUUUACAGAAUUUAAUAUAAUGAUCACCAAAGUGUCUGUUUGUAUGAAUAAAAAUAUGUGCCAAAGGAUUCUGGAAGAAAUUGUGUAAUUGCUGAGAAAUAAGCAAAAUAAGCGCGGAUUCUGUCACUUCCGUCGGGUCUUUAUUCCAGCAAUAAUAAUACACUGUCCCACGUGUGUCUAUCUGUGUUGGCGAUCUUCAGUGUGAUCGUUUUUUAGCUUAGAUAUUAUGAUUUCACAAAGUUCAGUUUAUGUAACUGUACCAGAUCUAGAUCCACGAUGAUAGAGUAAUACUUAACCUUGGUUUUACAGACUUUCUCACGAAAUCAGUAUUUUACUGCAACUACUGUCAUUUAGCUUUAAUAACAAUUUGUCUUUUAAAGUAGAUUGUUGAUAGAUUGCAGUAUGUAUAAUAACUUUACUUAAAUGUCGAUAUCGCACAUGUGGUAUUGUAUAUACUGUAUUUGAUUUUUAGGUGUAUUAUGUACAAUGAUAAUUAAUAAUAGUGUAGUUUAUACCUAUGUCACGUCAUCGCUUAUACCUAGUUUUGAUAAAUGUAAUCCGGAUAACAUGAAUAACCCUUUUUUCUCUUUCUUUAACUUACAUGUAUGAAAUGUUACACAUAAGCAUGAUAAGUGUUGUAGGUUGCACUUGGUAGUUUACACUAAAUCUAAAGGGGCUGUCACACUGGGACCCGGUUUCACAAAUAGUUACGACUAUCGUAACUUUGCCAUUAUGCCAGCUACCAUGGUAACAGGGCUCAUCAGCCAAUCACAAUGGCAAAUUUACCGCAGUUGUAAAGCUUUAUUAAACAAACCCCAGGGGAGCGUUUCGUCAACUUUUUUGUCUGACAAGUUGUCAGAUCUGGGGCCUGUUGCAGAAAGAGUUGCGUUCAUUUAAUCGCAAGUCAAAAUAUCAAGCGCAAGUCCCGAAUACGGGUGCUUCAUUGGCUGUAAAUCAAGUUGCGCAAGAUUUUUUUUGCAACGGGCCCCUGACAACUUUUCCUGAGUUCGAUUGGCUAUUAAAGGACUGUUGCUAUAGUAACUGUCGGAUAAAACAUGACUUGUCGGAUAAAUCGUCCGACAAGCCCUUUCAUGAAACACCCUCCAGAACUAUUUCGAUAUCAAGAAAAUUAUUGGUUAACAAGAGCUGCAUUAUCCUAGUAAAAAAAAAAUUAAUGAUAAAUCGGCUUGUCAGAGUAUAUAUCUCGGCACACGCCGGCUUAUUUCAUUUAGGAGUGGCAGGCCCUUUACCAUUGCCAAAUAUUUUGCUAGACAGGGUAUACAACCAAAAUGCCUCAUGUUAUUAUGUGUUCAAGAUAUUUCUGAAUUUCAUUCAUUUUAAGCGAAUAACUAUCAUACGCUGUAUAAGAUUUAUUUUAAGAAUCUUGGCAAACGUAAUGUUAACCAAAAGUAUCAUGCUGGUGACACGUGGAAACAACUUCACGAAGUGUACAGAGGGGCCAAAGAACGAAUUUGAAACUGUUUGGGGCUAUUAAAGCAUGCGCAAAAUCACAAUUUGAUGGUAGGCCUAUAUUUCCUUUUUUUUGUGUGCAUGGUUGUAGCUAUAGGCUGUAGCAUGAACAAAUAAUAACAACUUGGCAUCCGGGACUUCUCUGUCGUUGCAGUGCAUUUCCUACCAAUGGAAAACACUGUGAAUCCACGACACUAAGUGCUGAAUAUGAUGGAUAACAAAAACAAAGUCAUGUUUUAUUGUAACGUGAUACGCAAAUGAUUAAUGGUGCCGAAUUUAGUCUUUAAUAUAUAUAUUUGUCUACAGUCACGCUUUACCAUUAUUUUUUCGUCAUUAGUCACGGUGUGUUUACCAGCAGUUUGGCGCGUCGUUCCAUAAACAUGGAGAGGAACUCUAUAAUCAAUUUUAACUGGUAUUUCAAACCGUGUUUCUGAUAAAAUCUCAAUUUUUUUAAAUAUCGUAAUGGAUGUUCAUAGUCGGUGGUGUUACGACUAGAAAGUGAAUUUGUAAAUACUGUAAUGACGUCGUACGUCUUAUUUUUUGAAAUCCAAUUUCUCUUUUCGAACUUGCAGUGAGAUUUACACGGAAACAUUUACAUUUGUUUGAAACUAAGACAUUGUGCAUUGAAACGUAGUGACAAUUGCAACAAAUACUUUUAAUGAAAUGAUGAUGAAGGUGAGGAAAAAUAAAGGAGUGUGUUUUCAUUUUCUA